ACACGCUGGUCGAAUCCAGACAAUCAGGUUUUUGAAGUUUACAGUGUGACGCCUGAAAUGAUGAAGGUCAUCAUUGAGUUUGCCUACACCAGUUCUGUUUAUGUGACCAAAGAGAAUGUACAAGAUCUUCUUAUAGCAGCAGACCGGUUCAAUGUCACAGGCAUCACCGUGGCGUGCUGUGACUUUCUGGAAGAGCAUCUGACCCCAGAGAACUGCAUUGGCAUCUGGUGGUUCACAAAUGUGUAUUACUACCCCGACCUGAAACACAAAGCCUACCUCUUCACACUGUCUCAUUUUGAGGAGAUUGUUGCCACAUCAGAAGAGUUCCUGCAGCUGUCUGUGGAGGACCUUGCUAAAAUCAUUGAGAAUGACCGACUCAAUGUGAAGCAGGAGAAGACGGUGUUUGAGGCCAUCCUCCGCUGGAUUGCAUAUGUGCCUGAGGAACGCAGAAAUUACAUCUCUCUGCUGUUGUCUAAUGUAAGUGAACGAUACUUCUGCCUUCAUGUCCCCGUACAGGUCAGGCUGGCCCUAAUGAGUCCAGCCUAUAUCAUAGACAAUGUGAGCAACAAUGAAGUGGUGAAGGCGAGUGAAGAGUGUCGACCGAUUCUCCUCAAGACCAUGCAGGCCAUGCUCGACCUCAGAACAAAAAGUUUCUCUGACUCUGUGUUCUGUAACCCUUUGGCCCGUCCACGUCUGCCCCCUGCUGUCCUGUUGGCUGUUGGAGGCUGGAGUGGUGGCAGUCCCACCAAUGGCAUUGAGGCAUAUAAUGUCCGUGCUCACCGCUGGGUCAAUGUAACUAACAGUGAGGAAGCUCCAAGGGCUUACCAUGGCGCUGCUUUCCUCAAUGGAUCAGUUUACUGUGUCGGCGGCUUUGACAGUGUUGAACAGUUCAGUUCUGUGCGCAAGUUUGAUCUGGGCACACAUACCUGGCAGGAGGUGGCACCAAUGCAUUUUAGCCGCUGCUAUGUCAGUGUCACUGUGAUGGAUGGGUGCAUCUAUGCCAUGGGAGGUUUUGAUGGACGUUAUCGACUUGAAACUGCAGAGCGUUAUCAGCCCAUUACCAACCAGUGGACAGUAAUUGCACCCAUGCACGAGCAGAGGAGUGACGCCAGUUGCACCACCCUCCAUGGCAAGGUGUACAUCUGUGGCGGCUUCAAUGGAAACGAGUGCCUGUCCACGGCUGAAUGUUACAACCCAGAAACCAACCAGUGGACGGUCAUCGCCUCCAUGGGAAGCAGACGCAGUGGAGUUGGGAUCAUCACCUAUGCAGACCGAAUCUUUGCAGUUGGUGGUUUCACUGGAACGACCCGUCUGCGCACUGUUGAGGCCUACAACCCUCACACCGACACCUGGCACUCUGUGCCCUCCAUGCUGAGCGCCCGCAGCAACUUUGGCAUCGCAGUGAUUGAUGACUGCCUGUUUGUGAUCGGGGGCUUUAACGGCUUCACCACCACUUUUGACGUUGAGUGUUACGAUGUCAAAGCUGGUGAGUGGUCUGCCGUCCAUGACAUGGAGAUCUCCCGCAGCGCUCUGAGCUGCUGCGUGGUGUACGGAUUCCCCAACAUUGCAGAGUACGCUGCCCCUUAUUACCAACUGCAAUUGUCCGAUGAGGAGGAGGAGGAAGCAGUGCAUUGA